AGAGGUGGUUUGUUCUUCGAAUACUUUAUUCGGUUGUACGUGUACACGAUGUUUAUGUAAUAAAAUAACAUUAUAUACUUUUGAAGAUGUUGUAUGAUACUUUUCUACUACCCAUCGUUUUCAGUUGACAUCCAAGAAGGCAUUGGUUUUGGGGGGCGUGAGAGGGGGAGCCUAAGAGGAGUUACGGGAUGCAUCGAUCGCGGGAAUUGUCGACCAUCUCUCUUCUGGACAGGCUAGUCUCGAAUUCGGUGAAAUUACAAUGGGCUCGGAUCAUGACGUGCGUCGAUCUUUUCGUCGAAGGCGUUCGCAGCUUUUGUUCCAACCGAGGAAAAAAAAAAAAGAAUUGGUUGACGCAGGCAGGAAGGGAAGAGAGAGUCGCCGGGAAGACGUCGGGGUUACGUCGGAUGUAGCUAUUUGGGUCGCUGCUUUCUGCUUCUGCCAAGGCGUCUCACAGUCGCACGAAUCGUCAGAAGAGAAUCUGCGGCGGAUGCUGCGCUUCAGAGAGAUAAGGACAAAGCGAGGAUAAUGGGUGGAUAAAUGAGGGAGGAGGAGGGAGCUGAUGAUCCAACAAGAUGAGAGUCGAGAUUUCCCCUGCGUAACGCAAUGCUCCAUGUUCUCGUUGCAGAUCGCGCGAGAUUCGGAAUCCUUCGCGAAAAUCGGACAUCCGGCUCGUCUGCGACUUCCGCGACUUCUGCGACUUUUGCGACUUCUGCGGCAGGUCCUUCAGCGAGAGGGACGAGCUGCACGCUCAUCGUCGUGCGCACAAGCCGACCUACAUCCCGGAGCACGGGCAAGAGCCGGCGAUGUACGAGUGCGACUUUUGCGGGAUGCGAAUUCGCCUGAAGGACGUGUUUGCCGAACACAGGCGCAUCCACACCGGCGAGGAGCCCUAUCGGUGCCAGAGCUGCGGGCAGCGAUUCGCUACGCAUCGGAGACUCUACUGGCACAGAAUUCGCGAGCACAUCCAGGAGAAGCCCUCUUCCACUGCAAGGUCUGCGGCAAAGCCUUCAAGCUUCGACAGUUCCUUAACGUCCACAUGAAAAUACACGAUAAGGUUUUCAUCUGCGACGUCUGCGGCGCUUCGACGGCUACGCUCUGCAAUCUUGAGUGUCACAAAAAGCGGCACAACAAGGAGUACGAUCUCUUCUGCGAGACAUGCACCAAGGGCUUCUACACGAAGGCCAGCCUUCAGCGGCACCUGAUGACGGGCACUCGGGCGAGAAGCCCUUUCCCUGUCCAACCCUGUCCAAGGAGGAGCUCCUUCAGCAGCCGAGGCUGGCUACCGCAAGCUGCACACGGCAAGGCACGGAGCCCGCGAGAAGAAGUACACCUGCGGAUUCUGCGAUUUUCAAGGUUCACAUGCGAACUCAUACUGGGGAGAAUUACGAGUGUCGCGUGUGCGGGAAAUCGGUCUCCAGUAAAGCCUACCUGGGCAUCCACGUGCGCGCGUUCACACGGGUGAGAAGCCGCACGCUUGCGAGAUCUGCGGAAAGGCCUUCAGCGCCAGGAAGUGUCUCAGGAUUCAUGGGCGCACGCACACCGGCGAGAAGCCUCUUACGAAUGCUCACACUGCCGGAAGAGAUUCACUCGAAAAGGGACGCUCGCUGCUCACCUGAGAUCCCACCUGAGGUCCCACCGGAAGGCCUCCGACUCCAUCCUUCUUUG